CUUCCUUCACUUAGUCUUCCGUAACCCAGUCCAUUGACGAAUUUUGUCGGCGGGAUUUUUUAAUGUGACAGAAAUGCACGUCUGAGAAUUAUUUUCAUUCAAAAACCAGGCAUACAGAUUUACAACCCAUAUCACUGAUUAACUGGACGCCAAUCUACUAAGUGUUUUUAAGUAGACGGUCCCCAGCGCCUGGCCAGGCAGAAAGGCCACAAUGAAACUCACAGACAAUGUGCUACGGAGUUUUAGGGUUGCGAAGGUUUUCCGAGAGAAUUCGGACAAAAUCAACUGCUUUGACUUCAGUUCAAAUGGCGAAACGGUGAUAUCGAGUAGCGACGACGACUCGAUUGUUUUAUACGACUGCCAGGAGGGAAAACCCAAACGGACCCUCUACAGUAAGAAGUAUGGCGUGGACCUCAUCAGAUACACACAUGCUGCAAACACUGUCGUCUACAGCUCAAACAAAAUUGACGAUACUAUACGAUACCUGUCUCUACAUGACAAUAAAUACAUUCGCUACUUUCCUGGGCACAAUAAGAGGGUGGUUGCUCUGUCUAUGUCUCCUGUUGAUGAUACAUUCAUAUCUGGCUCUCUGGAUAAAACAAUUCGUCUAUGGGACCUGCGCUCGCCUAACUGUCAGGGACUGAUGCACCUGCAGGGAAAGCCAGUGUGCUCAUUUGAUCCUGAGGGGCUGAUUUUUGCAGCAGGGGUAAACUCUGAGAUGGUCAAACUUUAUGAUCUACGCUCUUUUGAUAAGGGUCCAUUUGCCACUUUUAAACUGCAGUAUGAACGGACAUGUGAGUGGACAGGUCUCAAGUUUAGCAAUGAUGGAAAGCUCAUUCUGGUCUCCACUAAUGGAGGAACACUAAGGGUGCUGGAUGCUUUCAAAGGAGCUGUGCUUCACUCAUUUGGGGGUUAUAACAACAGUAAAGGUGUGAUUUUGGAGGCCUCUUUCACACCAGACUCUCAGUUCGUUAUGAUCGGAUCAGAGGAUGGGAAGAUCCAUGUGUGGAAUGCUGAGAGUGGGAUGAAAGUAGCACUUCUUGAUGGGAAGCACACUGGUCCUGUCACCUGUCUGCAGUUUAACCCUAAAUUUAUGACCUUUGCCAGUGCUUGUUCUAACAUGCUGGUGCUGGGGGCAUUCAGAGAGCCACGUCAGAGCUGGGACAAAGACUAUGACCAUUAUCUGCUCCCUCUGCUGGAUCCUCAUGAGCCCUGUUACAUUUUCUACCGUCUAGACUCCAAAAAUGCUCAAGGCUAUGAGUGGCUCUUCAUCUCCUGGUCACCUGACCAGUCUCCUGUUCGACAAAAAAUGUUGUAUGCUGCCACUCGUGCCACAGUUAAGAAAGAGUUUGGUGGUGGACACGUCAAAGAUGAGAUGUUUGGCACAGUUGAGGAGGACAUUUGUCUUCAGGGAUAUUUGCAACAUCUGACAUCAUGUUCUGCACCAGCACCACUGACAGCUGCUGAACAAGAGCUACAGCGAAUAAAAAUCACAGAGGGUAGAGUUAAACAGGUGAAAACUGAGAUCACUGUGGACCCUAAACAUCAGACACUACAGGGUCUUGCCUUCCCUUUAAAUGCUGAAGCUAAACGCGCUUUACAGCAGCUCGCAGAGAGACGCAUCAACUACAUCCAACUAAAGUUGGACACAGAGAAGGAAACGAUCGAACUUGUUCACACCAGCCCGACAGACAUCCGUGAUCUACCCUGUCAGAUCCCACUGGACACACCGAGAUACCACUUCUUCCUCUACAAACAUUCACAUGAGGGAGACUACCUGGAGUCUGUGGUGUUUAUAUACUCAAUGCCAGGAUACAACUGCAGUAUCAAAGAAAGGAUGCUGUAUUCUAGCUGUAAGAGUAGACUUCUGGAGGAAGUAGAGAGGGACUUCCACCUGGAAGUGGCUAAAAAGUUGGAGAUUGAUAGUGGAGAAGAGCUGACAGAGGAGUAUCUGUAUUAUGAGGUCCACCCUAAACAGCAUGCCCACAAGCAAGCCUUCGCCAAACCUCGUGGCCCUGCUGGCAAAAGGGGAAACAAACGUCUCAUCAAGGGAGGUGGAGAGAAUGGUGGGAUCAGCUAGAAAAGAGAGAGUCAGAGAGGAAGAGAGAAAUGAACUUCAGUUGUACCCUAAAUGUUCCACAUUUCCCUUUUUCCGCUGGGUAACUAGCUCAUUCUGCAGAGAGAUGCAAGGAGACACUGGAAGAUUGUUUCGUUUUUGAUUUUUGAUUUUUUGUUUAGUUUUUACUUUCUUCAGCUUGUAUUUACUCUCUGUCGUUAGAUAUUUGUUUGUUUGUUUGUUUGGUGUGCAAACAUGCAUAUAUUUGAGAAAAAGUGAAAACUCAGGAAUUUAUUUUGUCUCUGUAAAUUUUCUGAGCAUAUUUUUGCUACAUAAUCUCAUACAUGAAUACGUGCACACACAUUUAUAACCAUUUCUUCUGAUUUUCUGCACUCAAAAUAAUUUUGAUAAGAUUUACCACUAUAUUACAACUGUUUAUUGUGAAAACUAGUAUAUAGUUCAUUAUAUUUUAAAACAUGUUUGUGAUUUUUAUCUUAAUAAUUUAGAGUAAAGUAAAGCAAAAGAAUAGGCACGUUAAGUCUGAGAGGCUUUUUUUAAAAACUGAAGCAGUCAGAAGUCCAAAAACAUAAAGCUAUUUCACAGCAAAAGGCACACACAUUCAUACACGUACACACCAGAGCCAAAUCUGACACGUAGACAGAAUGUGAUAUUACUUGACUAUGUGAGAGCUAAUCAGUUGGUUAAGUAACAGAUGCUCAGAUAUGCUGAACUGUGCAGAUGGGUAUUUAGACAUGUGAAUUAGACUAAUUUUAGGAUAAACACAUCCAUUUUUGUAUAAGGUUCUGUUAGUAAUCAGACAAUUCGAAAUAAAGUUUUUUUUCUUUAUAUCAACAUUUCACAAGCAUUAAGAAGACGAGUGUCUGACUGAAAAUAUUCAAUCGUUAUAUGUGUUCUUUGUUUCAUUUUACUACAUUUGACAUGGAUAAUUUAUAUUUAAUUUAUUUUAUUUUCAUUAUAAUACUAUUAAGACAUAUGGAGAGCAUUUCAGUGUUGCUGAUUAGGUUAAA